AGGCCCAUAUUGCGAUAUAUAUAGUUUAAUUUUUCCGAAGCUCGGCGAUUUCAGAAGACGGAGGAGGAGCGAGGACGGCCGCCAUGGAUCCAGCAGGAGGAGCAUCGGUGGCCAGCGAUAUUGGAGGAGAAGGAGAGAAAUUCGCGGUGGGGAAUAUUUAUUCAGUGAAGGUGAUCACCGGAGAUGAGUUCCGAGGGAUCGUCAUGGCUUACGACCCCAUUCCCAACUUCGUCUUUUUUGAAGAAGGAACAAAACCUAGACCAGGGCAUUCGAAGAACGCUCGGAUGGUGAAUGCGAAUUUUAUUACAGGGCUUUCGUAUUUAGGCAAAACCGAAGAUCCACUUGAUACAGACAACUUUUCUGUUGAUCUUAAUGGUCUCCGAGCUAAAGAGGCACUUGCUAUCAGGCAAGCGGAAGCAGAUGCUGAGAGAAUGGGAGUUGGUGUUACCGCUGAGGCUCAGAGCAUCUUCGACGCGUUGUCUAAGACGCUUCCUGUGCAAUGGGAAAACUCAGACAUUCUGGUGAUGAAAGAGGUACGCGUUCGUAGCCCGUAUCUUUCAGAUUGUGUCUUUGGAGGAACUGAUGCUGCAAACAACCGAGUCAAGAAAGUGCUUGAGCUGGAGAGACGAAGGUUGCAACUCUUUGGCACAUGAGACCAGUGAAAGGAGUCGGUCAGUGAAAUAGCGAAAAGGGGUUUGUUGCUACUAACCCGAAAAGCUUCUAGAUCUGAUCGACCAGCGAAAAGUGGAUAUGUUUGCUUUUCGCAUGUUGUUGUCUUUACUUAGAAUCUGCUUGUCCUUGUAAAAGCAGAUUAGAGAUUUCUUGAGUUGCAGGGAUUGAAAUUUGGACUAAUUUCACCCUGUUAAUGACAAGAACAGUGAGGUCUUGUCCACUUUUUACCAGGUCUUGGUUAAUUUAUCGCCUGGAAUGGAACUGUAAUCUAUUCUAAAAUGUUGAACUCGAGAAACGACAUUUUAUUGACUUCUCCAAUAGAAUUUUAAAUCUUGUGUGCAUUAGAACUGAGUUCCUUCUUCAAUGAGAAAGUUUUUAAGAAA